UAGAGCUAAUAAAGAGUAGUAGUAUUUUUUGAGAUAUUGCAAGAAAUGUUUUAGAGAUAUGUAGCCUAUGUUUUCUCUGCAUGUCUUGUCAGAAAAUACUAUGUUGUAGGCCUACCUCAGAAUUUUUUUAUUUUAUAAAUGUUUCUUGGAUUGGGUAUGAAUUGUUUUUUUUUUUUUGUUUGUUUGUUUUUGUUUAUUAUUAUUAUUAUUAUUAUUAUUAUUAUUAUUAUUAUUAUUUUGUAUUGUUUGUUGAACAUUUUUUCUUCCCCUGUGGGGAUAGAUAAUAUAGCUAAAGCCCAAAAUUUGGGAGUGCGUAAUCGGAUGGAGUUUAGGACCGCGCGAUUGUUGCAGCAGUGCGUUCUAUGGAUUCUGACACGCAGUACAGUAACACAGCCUACGUGAACAAAAACUUCUUUCAAGUUAUUUUCCGCGUGUUUCUACAGAAUUUCACAUGUUUCAGUAUGACAGCUAGAUUAUGCAAUUCUUAUAGCUAAUUAUUAUUUGUCACCGUUUGCUGUAUUUUAUCAUAAAACGCAAGGUUUAUCUUUGUGUCAGUUUCUUUUGCAAAAUACCGCUGUAUAUCAUCGAUAAAAACUAAAAACAACGCUGCAGCUUCUCAUCCUCUCAUCUUAAAUGGCGAUAACACCAGUUCUCACUUUUUUCCUCACUCUCAUACAUGUUGUAUAUGGUCAGUUAGAAGAUGUGAUAAUUGAUCGAUACUUGAUACCAACACACUGUUCGAGAGAGGUUCAGGUCGGAGACUAUGUUCGGUAUCAGUAUAACGGCACAUUCAAGGAUGGACGGAAGUUUGACUCGAGUCUGGAUAAGGGUUUUCCAUUCGUGGGGCAGGUGGGUGUGGAAUCUAAAGUCAUUCCAGGUUUGGAUAAAGGAGUUCAGGGCAUGUGUGUAAACGAGCGAAGGAAGAUCACCGUACCUCCUCACCUUGCUUAUGGAGUCUUGGGAGCUGGUUCAGUUAUCCCACCAGAUGCAACAUUGGUGUUUGAUGUGCUUUUGCUGGAUUUGUGGAAUAAAGAAGACAAAGUUCAAAUUCGUAUGCUUCACAGACAGCAGAAGUGCAAGCGGACAGUGAUGCCCACAGACUUUGUCCGUUAUCAUUACAAUGGAUCUUUGUUAGUGGGAAACGUGUUUGAGUCCAGCCAUCUUCAAAACUCAACAUACAACACAUAUGUGGGGGAGGGCAGUCUCAUCAAAGGCAUGGAGGAAGGCAUUUUGGGCAUGUGUGUUGGGGAGAGGCGAUCAGUUAUUAUCCCACCAUUUCUGGCUUAUGAUGACAAAGGAUAUGGUACAAAGAUUCCUCCAUAUGCAACUGUAAUUUUUGAUGUAUUACUGGUGGACGUGUUUAAUGUGAAGGAUGAUGUGAAUGUGGAGGUUCAAAAGAUUCCACAGCCAUGUAGGAGAAAGGCAGUGGUGGGAGAUUUCAUACGCUACCAUUAUAAUGGAACAUUUCAAGAUGGCACUGUCUUCGAUUCCAGUUAUUCUCGAAACAGCACUUACAACACAUUUAUUGGCAUGGGUUAUGUGAUUGCUGGCAUGGACAAAGCCCUGCAGGGGGUAUGUGUGGGUGAGUGGAGACGAGUCACUGUGCCACCUCAUCUGGCCUAUGGAGAAAAUGGAUCAGGUGAGCUGAUCCCAGGAUCUGCCGUGCUCAUUUUUGACCUGCACAUCAUUGACUUUCACAACCCUAAAGACCAAGUGGACAUCAAAGUGACCUACAAACCAGCUGACUGCAACCUGACAAGUGCUGCAAAUGACCUGAUUUUAUACCGCUACAACUGCUCUCUGCUGGAUGGCACACAUCUCUACUCUUCAGAUGACUACCCAGAACCCCCACGUGUCACGUUAGGUCAAGGGAAAUUGAUCUCUGGUCUGGAUGAAGGCUUGCAGGGCAUGUGCGUGUUAGAGAGGAGAGAGAUCACUGUGCCACCCCACCUUGCACAUGGCACCAAUGGAGCAUUGGGUGUGCCCAGCAGUGCAGUGUUGCUGUUUGAGCUGGAACUACUACAACUGCAGAAGGGUGUUCCUGAGGGCUUUUUGUUCAUCUGGCUGCAGGACAGUCCUGAGCCACUGUUUCCGGUCAUGGAUAUGAACCAAGACCAGGAGGUACCACUGGAGGAGUUUUCAGCAUUUAUUAUGCUACAGGUGGCUGAAGGCAGAGGCCGCAUUCAUCCAGGAAUAGACAGUGAUACCGUUCUAAAGGACAUGUUCAAAAAUCAAGAUCGCAACACAGACGGCAAGAUAACUGAAGAUGAACUGAACAUCAUAGUAAAUGAGGAAGAGGAAGUGCCUAUACAUGAGGAGCUGUAAGGGCAACAAACCAGAGAAUGGGAUGUAUAAAAAGUAUAGUUUGUUUGUUUUUGUUUUUUUUUUAAAUAUCAGGUUUUUGUAACUCAAUUGUAAUUGGCUGAAUAAGGCCCUGAUCAGACAGAACGUGUUUUUCAGGUUUGAAAAUGUGAGGCACCGCACUGCCUUUUUUUUUUUUUUUUUUUUGGUUGACUUUUAUAAUUUAGAAAUAGGCAGUGUGCUGCGUUUUUUAUGUUGCUAGGCAACAACCAGAUCAGGAUCAAGGAUUAUAGCACAAGCGUGAGGGUGAGAGGUGUACAAACACGCAUCUCCUCCAUCAUUGCAGUCUCUGGACGUUCCAAGCAACUGUAAACUUCCGGCACCACAGUGGAACAAUGGGAAAAAAAUGCUAAUGACGGCGGACGCUUUUCUGCUCUGUGUUCUGUCUGAUCGGGGGCCUAAGUUAUAGCGUUAUUUUAAUGACAAAAGUCGAGAGCACAUUAUUGUGACACAUCCAUGUAAAGCUUGGUUUAUACUCGCCGCAUCCGCACGAGUGCGAAGGUGGGCGCAGCGAAAAUGACAUCAUCAUGGUGCGCGGUCGUGUGCGUUGAGUGCGCGAGACCCCAUUUCGCCUGCCAGCGGGCACGUCAUUUUUUGUAACUUUGCGCACGGCUCCGCAUCCGAAGAUGCAAAGCUAAAUUUUCAGCAUCAUUAUUCCAGUCUUCAGUGUCACAUGAUCCUUCAGCAAUCAUUCUAAUAUGCUGAUUUGAUACUCAGUUAUUAUCAAUGUUGCAAACAGUUGUGUUGCUUAAUAUUUUUUUGGAACCUGUGAUACUUUUUUCAGGAUUCAUUGAUGAAUAAAAGGUUAAAAAGAACAGCAUUUAUUCAAAAUAUAAAUCUUUUCUAACAAUAUAAAUUUUUACUAUCACUUUUUAUCAAUUUAACACAUCCGUGCUGAAUAAAAGUAAUAAUUUCUUUCAAAAAAAAAAGAAAAAAAAUUACUGACCCCAAACUUUUGAACGGUAGUGUAUAUUGUUACAAAAGAUUUCUAUUUUAAAGAAAUGCUGAUAUUUUUAAAAAAUUUUAUUCAUGAAAGAAACCUGAAAAAGUAUCACAGGUUAUAAAAUAAUAUUAAGCAGCACAACUGUUUCCAACAUUGAUAAUAAUUCAGCAUAUUACAAUGAUUUCUGAAGGAUCAUGUGACACUGAAGACUGGAUUAAUGAUGCUGACAAUUCAGCUUUGCAUCACAGAAAUAAAUUACAUUUUAAAGUAUAUUAAAAUAGAAAACCAUAAUUUUAAAUUGUAAUAAUAUUUCACAAUAUUAUUGUUUUUUCUGUAUUUAUUAUGAAAUAAAUGCAGCCUUAAUGAGCAUAAGAGACUUUGUUCAAAAACAUGAAAAAUAGUAAUGUUUCCAAACUUUUGACUGGUAGUAUAUAUAUAUACAUACAUAUAUUACAUUGCCCUUUUUUACAUUUGAACCCGAGCCCCUGCCCCUGAGGAACUCUCUGCAUGUCCCUGCUCGUCCGUUUGGGUUGGAGCGUGCGCAGCCAGCGGAGGCUCGCACAGCGGAGCCAAGCGAAAGUAUAGACGAGGCUUAAUGCGCGAGUGCGAAUUUCUCCACUUGCGCACGGAUUUUCUUUGCUCUUGCACAAAAAUAAAUAAAUAAAUAAUCAAUUCGGCUUCUGGAUUUUGAACUAAUCUCGUGAAUGAAGGAUUUUGAUUAAUAAAAUACAUUUUAACAGCCACUGGUCACCACCUGCUGUCAUAACAGUGUAAUAACAGUUUCAAAGGUCAUUUACUCGUUUUUACUGCUGUCACAACAUCAGUGUAUAUUCGGACUAUAAAUUGUUAUUGCAAUAGCUACUUCCGUUAUUAUUUAAUGUUUGCAACACAGAAGUAGCAAUAGUGUGUUGUUGAAAACACUUUGUGAAGCUGUUUAAAACAUGUAGCGUACAUGACCACUGCUUUCAGCGGCAAUGCAAAAGCGGGUUUAAAUAUUCUGGUAUGAUCGUAAUUUCAAAGGUUUAAUAUACAUAGCCGAAUCAUUGUCAUUUAGGAAUAAGAUCACAUUCUUUUAUACAAGACUUAAAAAGAAAUUCACUAUGGUGGUAUAUUUGAUAUCCACAUUUUAAGUAUUUAUAGAAUGAUGAUCUGACCAUUAUCUAAAUAGUUCUGUCUUAAAUCAGAAUAUAUUUUUGAUAACACUACAAUAAGGUUUCAUUAGUUAACGUUAACAUGAACUGAUAAUGAACUGCUUCUACAGCAUUUAUUAAUCUUUGUUAAUGUUAAUUUCAGCAUUUACUAAUACAUUAUUAAAAUCAAAAGCUGUAUUUGUUAACAUUAGUUAAUGCACUGUGAAGUAACAAACAACAAACGAACAGCUGUAUUUUUUAGUAACUAACGCUAACAAAGAUUAACAAAUACAAGAAAAAAAUGUAGCCUAUUGCUCAUUGUUAGAUAAUACAUUAACUAAUGUUAACAAAUGAAACCUUAUUGUAAAAUGUUACCUAUUUUUAUAUAGCCUAUAGAUUUCAACACAAAAUAUACAACCACAUUAACUUUAAGAACCUUUUUGUUUGUUUGUUUUGAUAAAUUGUUCAGAGAAGUUAGACCUGUAAUGUGAUGCAGUUAGACUAGGUUAUUUAAAGUCCCUCUGUAGUUAAUAAUUUUAUGCCUUAAAACUCAUCUUUGUUCACCAAAAUUACAUAUUUAAAUGUUUUUUCCUGUGAAAAAAAAUUCUUAAUGCCUUAUGAUAGCUUGAAUGUAACACCACACUCUUGCCUCAUUUAAUAUACACGGAUCUAUGAAUAUGAUAAUUAGCCCCACCUCCACUCACUCACACGAGCUCAGACGAGAUCCACACAUAACAGUAAUUAAUGAUUAUCGUUUUGCUUGACUACAUUAUCAAACAACUAAUAAUGUGUUGCUAAUGUUACACAAACCAUGUUCACAUUCACGAGUCAGACAGCUGCCUUCUAACAAUCAGUACCUCUUUCAGAACGUCAGUGGAGAAAGGCAUAUAGUUCAUCAUAACAUCGCAAUAUACAUCAUACAAGCACCACAUUGCUAAAUCUACCUGAUUUUUCAUAUCAACAGAAAAAAAAUACCGGGAUAACCUUUUUUUGAGACUCCCUUGCGCGGUCUGUUAAUGAUAUCCUAAAGCCCGCCGGCACUUUCACGUGAUUGGUUACAAGGUAGUUUGUGACAUCCGAAACACCAGUGAUUUCAAACUGCAGGUUUGAGACUGUCUUUUUUUCACUGCAGUUUUAAGAGAAAAUACUCAGCAAUAGUGAUGACUUAUGAAUUUUAAGACAAUGGUUUGUCUUAAAGCAUGUUAAAAACACCAGAUAAACAUAUGAACAACAUUAAAAACUUUUCACCACAGGGGGACUUUAAAUGUACAAAUCAUCCAAGCACCCCAUUUUGAGUCGUUUCUAAAGGUACAUUUGAUUAAUAUUAUUAAAUUGUAAAGAAAUUAAAAAUCCAUCUUUGAUUUUCAAAAAAAUUCCAUGUGCAGUUCACUCUCAGCCAAUAAGAUUUCAUGUAGCAGUUGUCUAUUCUGUUUGGUUAAUAACUUUUGACAGUGUUUGAUCCAGAAGAGAAUUAAUUUUUUGUGCAAGAGCAUGGAGAGAUUUGAGAGUGCACAGGACACAGUUUGAGCUUGCACACAAUAUCUGAGUGAGAGGAGAGGCAGUUCAUAAUUUAGCACUGUAUAUUUGAGAGCGCGCAUCCAGUUUUGUGCGAGAGCAAAGGAAAUCCACAUGCGGGGGGAAGAGAUUCGCAUCACAAUAAUGUGCUCUCGACUUUUGUCAUUAAACACCAUAUAAGUCACCCAUGGUGCAGGGGAUCCAUAGGUUCAGUAAUGUGUAAUGUUUCAAUGACAUAUUAAACACUAUAAAAUAAAUGUCUAGUUGCAGUUUUUAAGAGGCUGCAUUAGAAGAUGUGUUAUAAUAUAUAUGACAUUUCUAUGUCCUUUUUUCUGUCAGUUAACCAAAUAAUCAGUGUAACUUAAGGGUAGGUUUUGUGGGAUUACAAAUUUAUAAAAUGUUAUGACAUUCUAAGGAGAUCAAAUUCUAAGAAGAUCAAGUCUUGGACCAUUUGGGGUACUAUUAUCUACACAGUCAGGGGGAAUUGCCUGUAUUGUCUUUAGAUGCUUUUGUUUUAGUGGUCACUUCUAAGGCUGUGUGUAAGGGCAACACCUUUAAGGACUGCCCACUGAAUGCCUAUAAAACAUCAUGUAUACACUGCCUUAGUUGGACUUGGAUGACUACAGCGACGCACAGUGCGUUUCUCAAUAAAGAGUAACUUCUGCUUGAAAGAUAUCCCAACGUCUCCUGGUCUCUGCUUCGACGAGGAAGAAGUUUCCUACAGUUUUGGUGCCGUGACCCAGAUAGAGCUUUUCACCUCAAUCCAGAUUGAAACUUCAAGCACAACAAAGAUCUGAUCCAAAAGAAGAUCCAGGCUGAAUUUUCCUGUACAACCAAGGGUUGGUGAGUGAUACUCUAUCCAAAAGAACCUUUAAGACCCGUACAAACUUGUUAUCCUCUGCGCCGUCAGAGAAGAGUUAACAGACAGCUGUAGGGUUUGGUUAACUAAGUUAUCCUCUAAAAAUGUUCUUUUAGAGAUGAAGGUUAUCCUCUGUUCAGGCAGGGAAGAUUAGCAUUACGUGCUAAUAUUGGUAUCCUCUGUUCAGGCAGGGAAGAUUAGCAUUACGUGCUAAUAUUGGUAUCCUCUGUUCAGGCAGGGAAGAUUAGCAUCACAUGCUAAUAUUGGUUAGCCUCUGUUCAAGCAGGGAAGAUUAGCAUCACAUGCUAAUAUUGGUUAGCCUCUGUUCAAGCAGGGAAGAUUAGCAUUACGUGCUAAUAAUUGGUUAUCCUCUGUUCAGGCAGGGAAGAAUUAGUGUAAAGUGCUAAUAAUUUGUGUUGUCCUCUGUUCAACCAGGAAAGGUUAACAACAGUUACAGCGUGUUAACAAGUGUACCCUCUGCUGAUCAGAGAAGUUUUAGUGUUUUGAUUGUGUGGUAACAAAGAAACUCACAAAAUGUUUAGAAAGAAUGCUAGACUGAUCCCCACAACUGAAAAAGGCAGUCUCGCGACGCCUUUGUGGUCAGAUAGCGAAUUCAAAUCACAGUUAGGAGUGCAAAUGAACCUAAUAGUACACUGAGAAAGUUAUACAAGAACUAACUCAGAAAUAUGAGAUCCAUCCAGGCAAGACUUGGUCUGUAGAAAGUGUAAAAAGGUAUUAGGAGCAUGUAUUCGCAAGAACAAUGUGAAAGGCAUUAUCUGCUGCCACAGAGAAUUUGGUUUAGCGCUAGCUUUAACUCAGAGCUAGAGGAACAGAACAAAGAGCUCCGUGCUAGAGUAUCCUCUUUGACUAAGAAAUUGAACCGCAACAAAGCUGCAGCAAAAACUGAUGUGGAUGAAGCUAGUCAGCCUGAUUUAUAUCCUGAUUUACAAGCUUUCUUUGAAACAGAUGUAGCCAUCCAAUCAGUAUCGGAUGUGCCUGUAGAUUCAGUGAAGGUAUGUGGCGCUAGGAGAAGAUCUCAGGGAAUUGAGGGAAUUGAAAGUGUUCCUCCAAACUCUUCUGUUGUCCAAGUACAAACUGUUGCCAAAGCGCUAGGACCUAAAAAUAUAGAGAGACUAUCCCAGAGCUUACCCUCAGCACGCACAAAUUUUUCUGAAUUUGGACAAGCAUUGAUAAGCAAAAUGCGUCUCUACGACAUGUCGUUGACAGAAGUCACACAGCUGAUGUCACAAAUUCUUACUGAAUCUGAAUUCAACAGUUUUGAGUCUGCUGUUACUUCUGAACUACAACAUGUCAGUAAAGGCGAUUUGAGAGAAGGUGUUUUGAAAAUUCAAAAGAAUAUCAUGGGACCCAAAAUAGACUGGUCCAGAAUCACUAACUGUGUGCAAAGGAAAGAAGAAACUGUGAGUGAAUACACUGAAAGGUUUUGUCAGUCAGCUGUAACUUACAGUGGAAUAGUUGAUGAUUCUGAAUGUGUGCUAGAUGACAAGGGACCCUUAGUCCGCAUCUAGUCAGAUUGCCUUUUAGCCGAGUACAGAAAAGCCUUGCCAUUCCUAGAUCUAACUUGGUCUAACAAAACCCUCAGAAGUAACCUAGACAGCUUAGCUACAUGGGAAAGGGAUGCUGAUGUUAAGGCAAAAGUGAGAGUAGCAGCAGCUACGUUUAGCACAACAAAUCAAGACAAUAGAUGGCCUAAAAGAGAAGGUAAAUGCCACUACUGUGAAAGAUCAGGUCACUGGGAGAAAGAGUGUAGGAAGAAGUUGCAAGAUAGUAAAAGAAAUACUAUGCAUAACUCUGCUCCUUCUCAGCCCGCCUACAACCCUGAAGUAGUUCCGCCAAGGUACACUGAAACUUUAGGACAGCUUGCUCAGGCUCUUCUAAAAGCACAAAAAGAACAGAAAAAAAAACUAAUUGCUGGGGCUGUGAGUAGCUACCUUUCCCCGGUAAUCCAUCACAAUGACAAAAUAAUUUUUGUGAAAGGUAGCAUACAAGAGAAAGAGAUUGACUUUUUGCUUGAUACAGGUGCAGAAAUUACAGUAAUUCCUACAAAAUUGGCUGAAGGUUUAAACAUCCCAUACAAGAAAACUAAACUUUGUUUAACUGGUGUAAUAGGUGAAGAUUCUGUUUUGUAUGAAACUCCAUCCAUAGAGGUACAGUUAGGCCCGAAGACUUUGACUACAAAAUUGCUAUGUGCUCCAUUAAAUACAGAUGCAAUUCUAGGCAUGGAUCUACUCAGACAAGUACAUCUAACUUUAGACAUGUCCUCAGAAUCUGCUAGCAUAAAAAUUUCCUCAGCACAAGUUUCUACCAAUAAUGCAACCACUCCUGAGUAUGCUUUCUUACAGAAUCAUCCAAUUUGGGCUAAAGACAAGGAUGAUUGUGGUUUUUUGACAGGUGUAGAACCAGUCAAAUUGACAGGAACUCAACCUCCUGUUACCAAACAAUACCCAAUCAAUAAGGAAGCUAUACAGGGAAUCAAACCUAUUGUAGAAAAAUUGCUGAAACAAGGAGUGCUAGUUAAAACCAACAGUCCAUGUAACUCACCCAUAUGGCCCAUCAAGAAAUCCAAUGGGACAUGGAGACUCACCAUAGACUACAGAGUAGCCAAUAAACAUAUUGAUAAAAUCACCCCCCUAGUAGCAGAUCCAUCUACAAUUUGUAAUGGCUUACCAUCAGACUGUAAGGUUUUUCAGUAAUCGAUAUGUCUAAUGGAUUCUUUUCUGUACCCUUGCACUCUGACAGCCAGACAUGGUUAGCUUUCACAGUUGACUAUGAGCAAUACCAGUGGACACGGUUGCCACAGGGAUUUCAGAAUUCUCCAACCAUAUACCAUCAGGCUGUCAGACGUGAUUUGUGUGACCCAGAAUGUCCAGUCAAACAGUCCACUAUGAUUCAAUAUGUCGAUGAUAUUUUGAUUGCUUCUACAGAUCACGAGGUACAUCAAACUGAAUUGGCAGCAUUGUCAAGUCAAGUCAAGUCACCUUUAUUUAUAUAGCGCUUUUUACAAUGUAGAUUGUGUCAAAGCAGCUUUACAUUGAUAACUGGUACAUUAUUUGGCUGCACAGCAGCUCUUAAAAGAAUAGUGUCAAUGCAGGCAGAUCAAAGCACUGUUGAAUAUCAAAUGUCAAGUCAAAUGUCAAGUGUCCUCAACUAAGCAAGCCAAAGGCGACAGCGGCAAGGAACCCAAACUCCAUCAGGUGGCAGACAAGUGGCAAAUAGGUGUUUAAAUGGAGAAAAAAAACCUUGGGAGAAACCAGGCUUAGUCGGGGGGGCAGUUCUCCUCUGGCCAACAGUGCUUUGUUACGAUUCAGGUAGCUAUCAUAAGUCCGACAGGAUCGCAACAUUCAAAGUAUUUAUCCCAGUUCCAUCCAACUGAGGAUCGUAUUCAUCACGGCGGUAUGGACGGUUGUUGAGGAACUGUGUCGUGGCUGUCGUGUCGAUGAGGCCCUCACAGUGGAUGAUCUAGUUGACUCAAUCUCUGCUGAUACUUCAGGGCUGCGUUGUGGUCGUGUCAAGGCGCAGGUCCUUGGUCUCACCUGGAUACGGCCCGGAUCCGGUUGACUACGGUGAACCUCGGGAUAACCAGAAAGACUAAUAUUAGCGUAGAUGCCAUUCUUCUUCUGAUGUAACGAGUACAUCAGGCGUUAUAGGAAGUGUUCCCGGUUCCAGCUGACCUAAUUUAUGCAGCCUAAUAAUCCUUUAACAGAUUUGAAAAUAUAUAUUAGUAAUGUGUUAUGUGUAUGCCAGGUUAAAGAAAUGCGUUUUUAGUCUAGAUUUAAACUGACAGAGUGUGUCUGCUUCCCGAACAAUGCUAGGAAGAUUGUUCCAGAGUUUAGGUGCCAAAUAGGAGAAGGAUCUACCACCUGCAGUUGAUUUUGAUAUUCUAGGUAUUAUCAGCUGGCCUGAAUUCUGAGAUCGCAAUAGACGUGAAGGACUAUAAUGAAUUAGGAGCUCGCUCAGGUACUGGGGAGCUAAACCAUUUAGUGCUUUGUAAGUAAUUAGCAAGAUUUUAAAAUCUAUACGAUGUUUAACAGGAAGCCAAUGCAGUGUUGACAGAACUGGGCUAAUAUGGUCAUACUUCCUGGUUCUAGUAAGAACUCUAGCUGCUGCAUUUUGUACGAGCUGUAGUUUAUUUAUCAGGCGAGCAGAACAACCACCCAGUAGAGCAUUACAGUAAUCUAGCCUUGAGGUCAUGAACGCAUGAACUAACUGUUCUGCAUUUUUCAUUGAGAGCAUAUGUCGUAGUUUAGAUAUAUUUUUAAGAUGGAAGAAUGCGGUUUUACAGAUGCUAGUAACAUGGCCUUCAAAUGAAAGAUUGGUAUCAAAGAGCACACCCAGGUUCCUAACUGACGACGAAGACUUAACAGAGCAGCCAUCAAGUGUUAGACAAUAUUCUAGGUUAUUACGUGAAGAAGUUUUUGGUCCAAAAAAUAGAAUCUCUGUUUUUUCUGAAUUUAGUAGUAGGAAAUUACUGGUCAUCCAAUUUUUUAUAUCAGCUAUGCAUUCCGUUAAUUUUGUGAAUUGGUAAGUUUCGUCAGGGCGCGAAGAAAUAUAGAGCUGAGUAUCAUCAGCGUAACAGUGAAAACUAACGCCAUGCUUCCUAAUGAUAUCUCCCAAGGGUAGCAUGUACAGAGUGAACAGCAACGGUCCUAGUACUGAGCCUUGCGGUACUCCAUAUUGAACUUGUGAUCGAUAUGACAUGUCUCCGUUUACUACUACAAACUGAUAACGGUCAGAUAAGUAUGAUUUGAACCAUGACAAUGCAAUUCCACUAAUGCCAACAUAAUUUUCAAGUCUAUUUAAAAGAAUAUUGUGAUCAAUAGUGUCAAAUGCUGCACUAAGAUCCAGUAACACUAAUAGAGAGAUACAACCACGAUCUGAUGAUAAGAGCAAAUCAUUAGUAACUCUAAUGAGAGCAGUCUCAGUACUAUGGUACGGUCUAAAUCCUGACUGGAAAUCCUCACAGAUACCAUUUCUUUCUAAAAAGGAACAUAGUUGUGAUGAUACUGCCUUUUCUAGUAUUUUUGACAGAAAAGUGAGAUUUGAGAUCGGC